AUGCUGCCUUUCGGCGCCGCCGAGAAGGCGGCGAAGAAGGCGGUUCCUUUCGCGGCCGACGCCGCCGGCCUCGACGCGGCCAAGAAGGGCGCGCUCGCGUCGCUGCCCGACAGCCUCGUCGAUAAGCUCGGGCAGGGGUCCCCCGACAUGUUCUUCUCCGCGGCGCUCACGCAGACGGCGGCCAAGGCGGCGUGCGCCCCCGGCAAGGCCGAGGCGGCGUGCCUCCUCUUCUCCGACAAGGCCGAGGUGCCGCCCAUCUUCCGCUCCCUCUCCAUGGCGUUCGAGGGGCAGAUGCAGUUCGGCUUCGCGCCGCCCGCGAUGAUGGCGCAGGCCUGCUCCCCCACGGCCCCGGGCCUUGCACUUUGA